CAGGUGUCCCCUGUCUCAGCAUUUAAGCAUGCAGAUGGUCCAGCAGACACUUUGCAUUGCUUGCCUGAGGAAUAUGUGGACACUCUGCUGGAGUGUGACUGUUCUGCUGCCACAGUGUCUGCUGAUGGCUCUUCCACUGCCGCCACGGAGACCAGAGGAUGACCAACGGGAGUUUGCGAUGAAGUAUUUAGAGAGCUUCUAUGGAUUUAAGCCCAAUUCUGGGCGGCAGCGGCGGAUGACGGAAGUGGACGCGUUCCAGGACAAACUAAAAGAGAUGCAGCGGUUCUUCGGUCUUGAGGAGACUGGAGAGCUAACGCCCUGCACCCUGAAUGCCAUGAGGAAGCCCCGCUGUGGACUGUCAGACGUGGUGACAUUUGAGGACACCGUCAAGUGGAAAAACAUGCGUCUGACAUAUAGCAUUACAAACAGCCCAGCAGUGAGAUACUCACGGGUGAGAAGAGCUGUUAAGAAAGCAUGGAGGUUGUGGAGCAAUUUCACACCACUGCGAUUCCUGCAGAGGCAAGGGGAAGAAGCUGACAUCAUAAUCUCCUUCAAAACCAGAGAUCAUGAGGACAUCUUUGCUUUUGAUGGCGUUGGGGGAAUCCUCGCGCAUGCUUUCCAGCCCGGAGAUGGCAUUGGAGGGGAUGUCCAUUUUGAUGAAGAGGAGCGAUGGACUAUGAAUUCUAGUGGAAUCAACUUAUUUGCUGUGGCCGCACAUGAGUUUGGCCACGCUCUGGGUCUCCCGCAUUCUUCUGACCCAGGGGCCGUCAUGUUCCCUGCCUACAGCUUUGUCACAAUAAAUGAGUUUGGACUCUCCCAUAACGAUGUACAAAGUAUUCAGAAAAUGUAUGGUGUCAAUCCAGAUGUCAGGGCCAUGUCACGGCUGCGUCUUCCUCCGAAGACGCCUGAGAAAUGCGACCCGGGACUGUCGUUUGAUGCUGUCAUGACAAUGCAGCAGGAAAUGGUCUUCUUUAAAGACAGAUUUAUGUGGCGAACUCACCCAAACUUUGAUCGCAUAGGCAUCACGCUGAUAACUAGUCUUUGGUCGGCUGUCCCUUCAAAUAUCACCGCAGCAUACGAGACUUCAGAAAACACCAUUUUGUUUUUCAAAGGUUCACAGUACUGGGUUGUGCAGCAGCUGGACCUCUUGCCUGGAUUCCCAAAGGACAUUUCUGAGUUGGGGUUCCCCAGCAAAGUGAGAGCAAUCGAUGCUGCCCUUCACUUUCGAGGAGCACGGCAAACGGUUUUCUUCACUGGGAAUGCAUGUUGGCGAUAUAAUGAGGAGCAGAAACAGAUGGAAGAGGGCUAUCCUAAACCUAUAUUCCAUGACUGGCCGGGGGUAAAAGCACCUGUGGAUGCAGCUGUGUUUAAUGCAGGUUUUGUCUUAUUCUUCUCUGGGAAUCUGCAGUAUACAUAUGACCCCAUCCAGAAAUACAUUGUUCAAACAACAUAUGCCAAUAAAUGGUUACAAUGUUAGAUAGUCCUGGGCCAGAAAUCAUUGCAUAUUUUUUUGCUUUUCCUCAACUAAACCGUUCACUAGCUCAGAUAAAAUGUGCGAAUUUCAAGCAGCAUUCAGAUUAUCUGUCUGCUGUCUUAGUAUUAAAUGGUACCCAAAUAUUUUCUUCAUGGAGUAUUUACAUAUUCAUUAAAUUAAGCUGUAGCAAUCAGUAAUAAUAUAGUAAGGUGAGUAUGGAUAAAUUCACGGUGUCGUACCCAAAACUCCCACCACCUUCACCAGGAUGCAGUGUAUUCUGGAGACCAGACCAUUUGUGUCAAACUGAUUUCCUUUACAUACCAUAACAGGAAACACAUGAUGCAACUUCCAGGAUAUUUUCUGCUAGUAUGAAUGCAAUGUCUUUUUGCAAUUUCACUGGCGGCCAGCCAAGUAGCUGAAGUGGCUGUUGAAACUGGAUGAGAAAAAUUAACGUGACUGUAUUUUGUCAUGUAUGACUAAUUACAAACCUGCCGGUUCGAACCAGCCAAAAUGUAUAUAUGCAACAAAGUAAUUUCUGUAAAUGUAUCUAUUAUAUAUUACAAAAUAUAUCAAUUUAAUAUUACUAUUUGGAAUUCUGUAUUUUUGUAAUACCUUUUGCUAUGUUACUUGUACUAUACACUUUAUUAAUAAAUGCAAUAUAUGUCAAUAUAAAUAAAGAAUGGGCUUUUCCAGCCGUGAAUGUCACAAAA